GAGCCCCGCACUGAGCGAGGGAGACAGCGAGCUGAGCUCGGGGCGCUACCGCCGCCGCCGCCGAGAGCGUGAGAGCGAGGGAGCAUCCGAGAGACCCAGCGCCCUUGCACUGGCCGCCGCCGAGACCUCCGCCUUAACCUGGGCCAGAGGGAGCCGCGGCCACCCCUCUUCUCCCCCCCUCGCCUUCCCGGCCGGCAGCGGCGGCUGCACACGCCGGAGCCCGAGCCCGAGCCGGAGCCGGCGGCUGGGGGGCAGGGAGGCGGCUACCUCGGGUCGGGACUAGUCGGCUGCUCCGCGGUGAGAGGACGCUGAGGAGGGGCCGGAGCUUCUGUCCGUUCCGGGGCGCGGGGCGAGGGACCCCCAAGGUGGAGGGAGGGGGUCCCAGCCGCAGCGACACAUGCUGGAGCCGGGAGCGGGGGCGGCGCCGAGCGGAGCCGGCCGGGUCCCCCACCUCGCCGCCGCCUCGGCCACCCGCCCGGGGCCGUAGCAUCUUGCCUUGGAGUGUAUGAGCCGGGACCCCAAGCCCGGCAACCACCCCCCGACCGGGGGGGCGGGGACCCCGAUGUGAAGCGGAGGCCGGGGCGGCGGGGACAGCAGGACCGGCGCCGCCGUCCUUUCCUUCCCUGCCCCCUCCCCUCCGCCCCCUCGGGGGUCUUCUUUCUCGGCCAGUCGCCGGCCCCCCGGCUCCUCGGCAGGACUCCGGGAGGAGUUCUUAGAGCCCCCUCCCCUGCCCCAGCCCCGAGGGCGGCGGGGCCGGGGGGGACCCGGGGGGCCGGCCGCAGCCUCCGCCCAGAAGAAACUUUUCAAAAACAAAAUCCGGAGCCUCCCAAACGUGACUGUCUGGGGAGAAGUGGCCCGGGACGGGCAGAAGAGACCUGAAGAGACCCAGGAAGAGGAAAAGAGGAGGUAAGCGGGGCCGCCGCCUCGUCUGCUCCGGCGGCGCGGAAGAGUCCCGGGUGGCCGCCGGCUUAGCGAUCCCAGCCCCGCUUCUUCCUCACUAACGCUCCGGAGCCUGCCGCAGCUGCCGCCUGAGUCCCAAGAAGGAAGGGAAGCACCCCACGCUCUCAGCGCCCGGCUCUUCUCUAAAGUGGAGUCUCAACGAGAUUUUUAAAAGGCUAUCAAAUAUUUGAAUGUGAAAACCUUUGCAUCUUCUGAUAGUCUAGCCAAGGUCCAAGAAGUAGCAAGCUGGCUUUUGGAAAUGAAUCAGGAACUGCUCUCUGUGGGCAGCAAAAGACGACGAACUGGAGGCUCUCUGAGAGGUAACCCUUCCUCAAGCCAGGCAGAUGAGGAGCAGAUGAAUCGCGUGGUGGAGGAGGAACAGCAGCAGCAGCUAAGACAACAAGAGGAGGAGCACACUGCAAGGAAUGGUGAAGUCGUUGGAGCAGAACCUAGACCUGGAGACCAAAGUGAUUCCCAGCAAGGACAAUUGGAAGAAAACAAUAACCGGUUUAUUUCAGUAGAUGAGGACUCCUCGGGAAACCAAGAGGAACAAGAGGAAGACGAGGAACAUGCUGGUGAACAAGAUGAGGAGGAUGAAGAGGAAGAGGAAAUGGACCAGGAGAGUGAUGAUUUUGAUCAGUCUGAUGACAGCAGCAGGGAAGAUGAACAUACACAUAGUAACAGUGUCACAAACUCUAGUAGUAUCGUGGACCUGCCUAUUCACCAACUCUCCUCCCCGUUCUAUACAAAGACAACAAAAGUAACUCCAAAAUUAAGUCUCAAGGGCCCAUCAUUCACCCAGGCCUCAGUCCUGCAUUUCUACCUGUCUCUUGGGCAUUGUCACCUGAGCGGUCCACUGAAAGCUAAAACUACUACUAUGAAAAGAAAGUUGGACCAUGGUUCUGAGGUCCGCUCUUUUUCUUUGGGAAAGAAACCAUGCAAAGUCUCAGAAUAUACAAGUACCGCUGGCCUCGUACCAUGUUCAGCAACACCGACAACUUUUGGAGACCUGAGAGCAGCCAAUGGCCAAGGGCAACAACGACGCCGAAUUACAUCUGUCCAACCACCUACAGGCCUCCAGGAGUGGCUGAAAAUGUUUCAGAGCUGGAGUGGACCAGAGAAAUUGCUUGCUUUAGAUGAACUUAUUGAUAGUUGUGAACCAACACAAGUAAAACAUAUGAUGCAAGUGAUAGAACCCCAGUUUCAGCGAGACUUCAUUUCCUUGCUCCCUAAAGAGCUGGCACUUUAUGUGCUUUCAUUCCUGGAACCCAAAGACCUGCUACAAGCGGCUCAGACGUGUCGCUACUGGAGAAUUUUGGCUGAAGACAACCUUCUCUGGAGAGAGAAAUGUAAAGAAGAGGGUAUUGAUGAACCAUUGCACAUCAAGAGAAGAAAAGUAAUAAAACCAGGUUUCAUACACAGUCCAUGGAAGAGUGCAUACAUCAGGCAGCACAGAAUUGAUACUAACUGGAGGCGAGGAGAACUCAAAUCCCCUAAGGUGCUGAAAGGACAUGAUGAUCACGUGAUCACAUGCUUACAGUUUUGUGGUAACCGAAUAGUUAGCGGUUCUGAUGACAACACUUUAAAAGUUUGGUCAGCAGUCACAGGCAAAUGUCUGAGGACAUUAGUGGGACACACAGGUGGAGUAUGGUCAUCACAGAUGAGAGACAAUAUCAUUAUUAGUGGAUCUACAGAUCGGACUCUCAAAGUGUGGAAUGCGGAGACGGGAGAAUGUAUACACACCUUAUAUGGGCAUACUUCCACUGUACGUUGUAUGCAUCUCCAUGAAAAAAGAGUUGUUAGUGGUUCUCGAGAUGCCACCCUUAGGGUUUGGGAUAUUGAGACAGGCCAGUGUUUACAUGUUUUGAUGGGUCAUGUAGCAGCGGUCCGCUGUGUUCAAUAUGAUGGCAGAAGGGUUGUGAGUGGAGCGUAUGACUUUAUGGUGAAGGUGUGGGACCCAGAGACAGAGACCUGUCUGCACACGUUGCAGGGGCACACCAACAGGGUCUACUCGUUACAGUUUGAUGGCAUCCAUGUGGUGAGUGGAUCUCUUGAUACAUCAAUCCGAGUUUGGGAUGUGGAGACAGGGAAUUGCAUUCACACGUUAACAGGACACCAGUCAUUAACAAGCGGCAUGGAACUCAAAGACAACAUUCUUGUCUCUGGGAAUGCAGAUUCUACAGUUAAAAUCUGGGAUAUCAAAACAGGACAGUGUUUACAAACAUUGCAAGGUCCCAACAAGCAUCAGAGUGCUGUGACCUGUUUACAGUUCAACAAGAACUUUGUAAUUACCAGCUCAGAUGAUGGAACUGUAAAACUAUGGGACUUGAAAACGGGUGAAUUUAUUCGCAACCUAGUCACAUUGGAGAGUGGGGGGAGCGGGGGAGUCGUGUGGCGGAUCAGAGCCUCAAACACAAAGCUGGUGUGUGCAGUAGGGAGUCGCAACGGGACGGAGGAAACCAAGCUGCUGGUGCUGGACUUUGAUGUGGACAUGAAGUGAGGAGCAGGAAAGGUGGCAUCGUCCCAACGUGUAGACGACAUACUCCCUGCCCUUCCCCCUGCAAAAGAAAAAAAGACAAAAAAAGAAAAAAGAAAAGAAAAAGAAAAAAAAUCCCUUGUUCUCAGUGGUGCAGGAUGUUGGCUUGGGGCAACAGAGCGAAAAGACCUACAGAGUCAGAAGGAAAAGAGGAAGCGAUGACAAACCGCAACUGACAAGAGAGGCGCCUGCCGGCUCGUCCCGGAAAAAGCUUCACUUUGGACUGAGGGCAGCUUUGCAAAACGAGACUUUCGAAAUCAAACCAGGUGCAAUUAUUUCUUUUUUUUCUUCUCCAGUGGUCGCUGGGCAGUGUUACUGCAGAGAUGUCGUUACAGAUUCUGCUAGCCUGUUCUUUUACCACUGAGACCUAGAAAGAAGCUGCAGUAACAUCCACACAGUACCGGUGGACUUUCUCACCAGAGAGCAUCUGCAACAAAAAGUCAUUUUUCUGGAGCGGAAAAGCUAAAAAGGAAAAAAAUUACUGUGAAUUGUUUUUGUACAGUUAUCAUGAAAAGCUUUUUUUUUUUUUUUUUUUUUUUUUUGCCAACCAUUGCCAAUGUCAAUCAAUCACAGUAUUAGCCUCUGUUAAUCUAUUCCUGUCGCUUCCACAUACACUCUGCAAUGCCUGUGUUGCUCAAAGGUGGCAAGUUGUCCUGGGUUCUGUGAGUCCCGAGAUGGAUUUAAUUCUUGAUGCUGGUGCUAGAAGUAGGUCUUCAAAUAUGGGAUUGUGUCCCACCCCUGUACUGUACUCCCAGUGGCCAAACUUAUUUAUGCUGCUAAAUGAAAGAAAGAAAAAAAAAAGCAAAUUAUUUUUUUUUAUUUUUUUUCUGCUGUGACGUUUUAGUCCCAGACUGAAUUCCAAAUUUGCUCUAGUUUGGUUACGGAAAAAAAAAAGACUUUUUGCCACUGAAACUUGAACCAUCUGUGCCUCUAAGAGGCUGAGAAUGGGAGAGUUUCAGAAAAUAAAGAGUGAAGUUUGCCUGCAAGUAAAGAAUUGAGAGUGUGUGCAAAGCUUAUUUUCUUUUAUCUGGGCAAAAAUUAAAACACAUUCCUUGGAACAGAGCUGUUGCCGCCUGUUCUGUGGAGAAACUUUUCUUUUUGAGGGCUGUGGUGAAUGGAUGAACAUACAUAAUAAAACUGACAAAAUAUUUUAAAAAUAUAUAAAACACAAAAUUAAAAUAAAGUUGCUGGUCAGUCUUAGUGUUUUACAGUAUUUGGGAAAACAACUGUUACAGUUUUAUUGCUCUGAGUAACUGACAAAGCAGAAAUUAUCCAGUUUUUGUAGUAAAGGCGUCACAUGCAAACAAGCAAAAUGAAUGAAAAAGUCAAAUGGUUUGCCUCAUUCUCCAAGAGCCACAACUCAAGCUGAACUGUGAAAGUGGUUUAACACUGUAUCCUAGGUGAUCUUUUUUUCCUCCUCCUGUUUAUUUUUUUUGUUUGUUUUAUUUAUAGUCUGAUUUAAAACAAUCAGAUUCAAGUUGGUUAAUUUUAGUUAUGUAACAACCUGACAUGAUGGAGGAAAACAACCUUUAAAGGGAUUGUGUCUAUGGUUUGAUUCACUUAGAAAUUUUAUUUUCUUAUAACUUAAGUGCAAUAAAAUGUGUUUUUUCAUGUUA